AUGUCUUCUCUUACUCAGACUGCAAAGUCCUUGUCGUUGCUCUUCACGCAGCCCAUGGGAACAAAGUACGAUGUUGUUUCGCGACUAGUCUGCGUCUUGUUUAUCCUUCGGACUGUUCAUAAUGUCUAUGGCAGUAUCACUUGUUAUGGUGUUGUCGGAAGCAUGAACAGGUUUCUGGAGCUAUGCUGGGGAUGGAUUUCUCCGAAAAAAGCACCAGCCCCUCGUAUCUUCAAAAGGGUGGACAAAGGUAUGGACCCAAUAUUGAACAUGAUGGCUCAAAAGUUAGUCCGCCAAGGAGAUGCUGCCAAGAAGAACCAUUGUCUUCCAGAAGUGGGCUGGAGCUUCGAAGAAAUUGAGGCAGAGUUGGAGGAACUGCAAAAUUUGGACCAUACGCGAUGGGAGGACGGUCGAGUCAGCGGCGCGGUUUACCAUGGGGGCAGCGAGCUCCUAGACAUGCAAACCAAAGCUAUUGGCAAGUUCAGCGUCUCGAAUCCAAUUCAUCCGGAUGUCUUCCCUGGAGUCAGAAAGAUGGAAGCGGAAAUCGUAGCAAUGAUCCUAACCGCUUUCAAUGCCCCCGAAGAUGGUGCAGGCGUAACCACAAGUGGUGGCACGGAGUCUAUUCUCAUGGCAUGCUUGGCUGCUCGGGAGAAGGCUGCAGCAGAGCGCGGCAUCACAAACCCUGAGAUACAGGAUCAUUCCGAGUACUGCUCACGCGCUUUUUACAAAGCCGCCCAGUACUUUAAAAUCAAACUCCACCUUGUCUCAUGUCCAGCACCUGAGUACAAGGCAUCAGUCGACGAAAUCCGUCGACUGAUCAAUAAAAACACCGUUCUUCUAGUUGCAUCUGCACCCAACUUUCCACACGGCAUUGUUGACGACAUCCCAGAGAUAUCAAGACUGGCAACGGAGAAUGAUAUUCCAUUACAUGUGGACUGCUGCUUGGGAUCACUUGUCAUGGCUUUCUUGAAGAAAGCGGGCUUUCCCUCUCCGUACGAGGAUGAGGGAGGCUUUGAUUUCCGACAGCCCGGAGUCACUAGCAUUAGUGUUGACACCCACAAGUAUGGUUUCGCUCCCAAGGGUAGCUCCGUCUUAUUGUAUCGCAACCGGUCAUAUCGAAACUACCAAUAUUUUAUAUUCCCGAACUGGUCCGGCGGUGCAUAUGCGUCUCCAUCGAUGGCAGGGUCUCGCCCGGGCUCACUCAUCGCAAGUUCCUGGGCUACGCUUAUGAAGAUGGGCGAGUCGGGCUAUAUCAAUAGUUGCCGCCAGAUCGUGGGAGCAGCGAAGAAGUUUGAAACCGCUAUACUCACACACCCUAGCUUGAUCCCUCAUAUUGGAAUCAUCGGGCAUCCGAUGGCGAGCGUCAUCGCAUUCACGAGCACAAAUAAAGAAAUUGAAACUUACGACAUCGCUGACGCCAUGGAUGCUCGGGGUUGGCAUCUGAAUGCUUUGCAAUCUCCACCGGCUAUCCAUUGCGCUUUUACAAUACCCACAUCCGAAGCUGUUGAUAGCCUCAUCACCGACUUGAUUGAGGUCAUCGAGGAGAUAUUAAUGCAGAAUGAGGAGCGAAAAGGUGAGGGAGAACAGAUUGUACAGCAGCGUGGCAAGAGUGCGGCGCUCUAUGGCGUAGGAGGUAGCAUUGACCAUUCCGCAAUCAGCCAGUUUACUGAAGGGUUUCUGGAUACUCUUUACAAAGCUUAG